CAAUCCCAGAGCUGGAGCUAUAUAACUAUCUAGAGCUACACGCAAGAGUAAGACCAAAAUAAAAACAUUUAUACAAUAUUCUUCUUCUAUUAACCACACCAAUUUUUGAAGAAGAUGGUUAGAGCUCCUUGUUGUGAAAAGAUGGGAUUGAAAAAGGGUCCUUGGACCCCAGAGGAAGAUCAAAUCCUCAUGUCAUACAUCCAAAAACAUGGCCAUGGAAAUUGGCGUGCCCUCCCAAAGCUUGCAGGACUAUUGAGGUGUGGAAAGAGCUGCAGACUAAGGUGGAUUAACUAUCUAAGGCCUGAUAUCAAGAGAGGCAAUUUCUCAAGUGAAGAAGAGGAAAUUAUCAUUAAGAUGCAUGAGUUGCUGGGGAACAGGUGGUCAGCAAUUGCAGCAAAAUUACCAGGAAGAACUGACAAUGAAAUAAAAAAUGUGUGGCACACCCACUUGAAAAAGAGGUUAAUGAAUUCAGAUACCAACAAAAGGGUUUCCAAGCCAAGAAUCAAACGAUCUGAUUCCAAUUCCAGCACACUUACUCAAUCAGAACCUACAUCAUCAUCAGGAUGCACUACUUCUAGUGAUUUUUCAUCAUUUAGUGAAGGGACUAAAAACAUGGACAACAUGAUCAAGAGGGAAGACAUAGAGUCUAUGGAGACAGUAAUGCCUCCAAUUGAUGAAAGCUUUUGGCCACAAGAAACAGUGGAUUAUGAAAGCUCCACCAUGAUGCAAUCAUCAAAUUCUUGGACAAUUUCUAAUGAAUUAGCACCCCCUCAAUACCAAUUUAAUUCAGUGGAAACCUUUCAACAGCAAAGUGUUGGUUAUAAUGAUUCAAAAUUUGAUGAUGGCAUGGAUUUCUGGUAUGACAUAUUCAUCAAAUCAGGAGAGUCAAUCGAAUUGCCAGAGUUCUGAAAUUCUCAUGAACACAUUGAGGCUAUAUCAUUAAAUUUGGCAGAUACGAAACAUUUUUUUAAGAAAAUAAAUAAAUAAUAAUAAUCAUGCAUGUUACAAAAUUGAAUCUAACGGCUACAAGGAAUUAAGGGUACAUUUGUAAAGGGUAAGAAAAAUUAUGUUAUGAUGUAAUAUAUAAGAAAAAGAGGGUGCAAAAUAUGCCAGCUAAUCUGAAGGACCAAAAGGGAAAAUACUGACUUUGUUUAUGUAUAUUGUGGAAUACUUCAUGUCCGUUUAACAUUUUUUUUUGUUAAAAAAUGUUUCAAUAGGAUAGAGUUGUUCAAAUUGUAUUAGCAAUAAAUUAAUUAUGUAAUGAAGUAUUCAAUUUUUGCAUUC